CAUCCUGCGCCCAAAUUCGGAAAAAGGGCCGGCGCAGCCUGCUGUCGGAACACAGCGCACAGCAGUCAGCAGUCUGCCCUCCCUCCCCUUCCCAUUUUGUUGGGCAUUCAGACGAAGAAGAUUGGUAACGACAUGACAGCCUAGCCGGUCUCCUCUCCAAACCAUCCCCAUUCCCCAUUUCCCACUCCCAAUCUGCAAACACAAAAACCGAGAAAAAUUGGCGCUAGAUGGCGAAGACGAAGCCGGGAAAGAAGGAUGUCGACUCCUACUCCAUCAAGGGCACCAAUAAAAUCGUAAGAGUCGGGGAGUGCGUGCUGAUGCGGCCGUCGGACACGGAGAAGCCGCCGUACGUGGCGCGGGUGGAGGGGAUGGAGGCGGACCACCGCGGGAACGUGAAGGUGCGGGUGCGGUGGUACUACCGGCCCGAGGAGUCCAUCGGGGGCCGCCGGCAGUUCCACGGCGCCAAGGAGCUCUUCCUCUCCGACCACUACGACGUGCAGAGCGCCCACACCAUCGAGGGCAAGUGCACCGUCCACGCCUUCAAGACCUACACCAAGCUCGACAACGUCGGCGCCGACGACUACUUCUGCCGCUUCGAGUACAAGGCCGCCACCGGCGGCUUCACCCCCGAUCGCGUCGCCGUGUAUUGUAAGUGCGAGAUGCCGUAUAAUCCCGACGAUCUCAUGGUCCAGUGUGAGGGAUGCAAGGACUGGUUUCAUCCUUCUUGCAUGGGCAUGACUAUUGAACAAGCAAAAAUGUUAGAGCACUUUCUCUGUUCAGAUUGUUCCUCUGAUGAUGAUCCAAAGAGAGCAAAUUCUUUCCCCGUCUCACCACUUUCCGAGCCUAAGGAGUCCAAACGGCGGAAGAGAAUUGUACAGCCGCAGAGAUCGGACUGCUUGCACAAACCGAUUUCUUUUUCUCAACUUAGUUCUACUCGGUAACAUGUGACUCUCGGAAACCUAUGUUGUGUGUACAAUAUGUAUCUCUUGUUACAUCUUUUUUUAACAGGCACUUUCUGUAGGAAGCACCUCAAGCAUUUUCCAAUGUUGUACCAAUGUGUUAUGUUGGAACUCUUACAAGUUUAGGGCUAAAGUUUACACAUUGGUCGCAAAACUUUAAUUGAAAUUUCAUUUAGGUAACCUAACUUCAAUUUA